GCUCCCUGUGUGUAGGGGCUGGUGGGCAGGCAGGGGGCUGGAUGUGGACUGUUGGAGCCUCCAGGGGGGCAGCAGCAGCAGCAGCAGCGGGGUAUGAGCGCGUUUGUGAGUGUGUUUGAGGCUCGUCGAGCUGCAGGGCAACUUGAAAACUUCACUGCGAUCAGUGGGGGAGGUCUGUGAUCUGAGAUUUGGCGACUGGGAGCUGAAUCGGCUGCUUACACUCCAGCUGUGAUCGACAGACGAGGACCGGUCCGGUUCUCAGCGUUGGAACGAUUUCCGGCCAACAUGGAUGAUUUAGAUGCUUUGUUGGCGGACCUUGAGUCCACAUCAUCCCACAUUUCAAAGCGACCACUCUUCCUGUCUGACGAGACCGCCUACUCCUUCCCUGUCGGGGGUCAGACCCAGCAAGACAUCUGCUCUCCACCACCAAUCCCACCCACUCCCUCUGAGCAAAACGGGCUAGAUGAAACAGAGUCUUUCAGCUCAGCUCAGAGAAGUCCCUGGUCUAGAGAUAGCAGCAGUCCAACCCAGCCCAUUGGUGAAGAGGACCACGUAUACAGUUUCCCUAAUAAGCAGAAGAGCAGUGAGUCAUCAACUGUUGCCAUGAACUCAUCCUUGGGCAGCAACCUGUCUGAGCUUGACCGGCUGCUGUUGGAGCUCAACGCUGUCCAACAGAGCACCCCUGCCUUCCCCACAGAAGAAGAAGCAGCUCCCCCACUGCCUGCCAGCACCAUCAUCCACCAUAUCCAGGAGAAUGGGGUCUCUACUGCCAACAAGACUGCCCCACCUGUAAUGGAGAAGCCUAAACGCAGUGUGGCAACUCGAGGAAUAGAGGAUGUACGACCAAGUGUAGAGAGCCUUCUGGACGAGCUGGAAAGUUCUGUGCCCUCACCCAUUCCCACGCCGUUGGUUGUGUCAGAUGAACAAACAGAUGGACAAGAGGAGACCCCAACACAGCAGCAAGCCAGAAUGUCUGCCUCCUCUGCCACCAGAGAGCUAGAUGAGCUAAUGGCCUCCCUGUCUGACUUCAAAGUCCAAAGCAAUCCUGGCUCUCAGUUGUCUGUGAAUCAGGAGGCAGUAGACCCUUCAUUGGUAGCUGAUUCAACAGUUGUCCAAGCUGUAACUGCCCCAUCAAUAAAUCCUAAUAUUGACGUAGUGGAUACUCUGCUGCCUUCUAGUUGCACGACUCCCUCCUAUACACCGCUUCCAUUAGAGCUCCAUAUAGAUGAGGAUGGUUGUUCAGUCCCUACAUCUUCAGCUGGUUCCACUGUAGUUACUGUGUCAUCCAAGACCCUUCAGUACUCUCAGAUUCAACAGAUAGACGAUGGGGGCAGUGUCACCUCUGUGAUCUCUCACCUGGAGAGCCUCAGUACCUCAAAUACUAAAGAGCCUCCUAGUCAAACUAUAGGUAACAUCCCUAUGUCAGUCACUAAAGAUUCUGAUAGUAAAGUGUCAAGUCCACUUGGAAAGAGUUUAAGUCCAGUUACUGUUGGCAAAAGUUCUAGUCCAGUACCCACUGCCAGGAGCUUCAGUCCAGUAGUUGUUUCCAAGAGUCCUAGUCCACCUAAUCUUAAAUGCUCCAAUCUAAGUCAGUCUAACAAGAGUCCAAGCCCAGUCCCUAAAAGCUACAGUCCAGUUCCUAUAAAUCAUAGUCCAGAGAUAAAGACUGCUAGUCCAGUCACAGUUCCAUCUCUUUCAAGUCCAGUUCCGAAAACUGCAAGUCCAUUGACAGUCCCUAAUAUCUCUAGUCCAAUUACCAUCCCAAAGAGUGCUACUCCAGAAACAGUUCCCAAGAGUGCUAGUCCAAUGCCAAUUCCAAGACUUUCAAGUCCAGUUCCAAAGAUUUCAAGUCCAGUAACGGUUCCAAAGAGUGAAACUGCAGUUCCUAAAAGUCCAGCUUUAGUCACCAGAAAAACUUACACUGUUCCAGGUACCAGCAGUUCCAGAGCUUCACCAGUUCAGCUUGCUGCUGUACCGUCAAAUACCUCUUCCCCUCCUUCAGAAAAGCAGAAAGGUGAAAUACUUGAUUUAACAUGGCCAUGCCGGGAGCCUUUAUUGGAUGAUGCAUUAGACAGACUCUUAUUCCCUGACUCCACACAACCGACUGAGAAUCAGCCACCUGCCUCCUUUAUGCCUGGAGAUGAAGACAGAUCUUGGGAGGAGGAGGACGGGAUUUACCCUGAUCUUAGCCGUGAGGGAACCCUGACACCAAUGACUGAGUCCAGCUGGAUGGAUGAAUGUUUCACCCCCUCCACCUGCCCGGGGACACCAGAUGCAGUGAUGGACCUUCCCACACAGCAGCCCUCGGCUGUUGAGCGACUAUCUGCUUCUGGCCAACUCAAGUCAGUUAUCCGCCGCACCAAAGAGUCCACCAAUGUGCAUCCAAUGUACAGGGAAGGAAUGUUACGGCGUAAAAUGGGACCAGUCAUUGUGAAGAAGAGCAACUCGCAAGACCGACUUAUUGAGGAGCUGCAGGGGAAACUGGGAAUUGGGCGAGCUGAGCGGAGUGUCCGGCGUAAACAACAGCCAGAUGAUUGGCUGACAGAGGGGGUCAUCGUUAUGUCCAACCCACAGCGAACACGGGAAGAAGGGGCCCAUCCAUCUGUGGAUAAGAUCGUUCUCCCUCCAGAAUCUCCUGCCCCACAGAGAAAAGUCCUUCCCCCUCCGCAAUCUCCCCCAGCACCCAAAAAGCCUCCCCCAAUCAAGCAGACUCCACCGCCACUACCUCCUCCUCCUCCGACCCCUCCCCCUCCUCGACAACCUACCCCUCCACCUCCCAGGGAGCCUACUCCUCCCCCUAAGGAGCCCACGCCUCCCCCAGUCCAGCCACAACCAUCACCUAGCCCCCCUCCCAAGCCCAUCACGCCACCCCCACCUCCCAAGGUCUUUGUAUCAGUGGGUUGUCAGACUGAGUACGACCCCAUCUUCCCACCAUUGCAGAUCCAGUCCCAGGGAAAGACCUCUCCCACCAGUCCACCCAAACCAGCUAACAAGCUGGACAACAUGCUGGGAAGCCUGCAGUCUGACCUCAACAGACUUGGAGUGCAGACGGUGGCUAAAGGUGUCUGUGGAGCCUGCAAGAAACCCAUCGUCGGGCAGGUGGUGACUGCCAUGGGCAGAACGUGGCACCCCGAGCACUUUGUGUGCACCCACUGCCAGGAGGAGAUAGGCUCCAGGAAUUUCUUUGAGCGGGAGGGACAGCCUUACUGUGAGAAAGACUACCACAACCUGUUCUCACCGCGAUGCCACUACUGUAAUGGACCCAUACUGGAUAAAGUAGUGACUGCUUUGGACAAGACUUGGCAUCCAGAGCACUUCUUCUGUGCCCAGUGUGGAGCCUUUUUCGGACCAGAAGGUUUCCAUGAGAAGGAUGGAAAGGCGUUCUGCAGGAAGGACUACUUUGACAUGUUCGCCCCUAAAUGUGGCGGCUGUGCUCGUGCCAUCCUGGAGAACUACAUCUCUGCUCUCAACUCUCUGUGGCACCCUGAAUGCUUCGUCUGCAGAGAGUGCUUCACGCCUUUCAUUAACGGCAGCUUCUUUGACCACGACGGGCAGCCGUACUGCGAGGCCCACUACCACGAGCGGCGUGGCUCGCUGUGCUCUGGCUGCCAGAAGCCCAUCACGGGCCGCUGCAUCACAGCCAUGGGCAAGAAGUUCCACCCAGAGCACUUUGUGUGCGCUUUCUGCCUCAAGCAGCUGAACAAAGGCACCUUCAAGGAGCAGAACGAUAAGCCCUACUGCCAAGGUUGCUUCAUCAAACUCUUCAGUUAGAUCAUGCAUUUGUGUAUAAAUGUAUGUGUGUGCACACGUCUACACGUUUAUUUACUAGCUGAAUGCACGUGUGGAGGUGUGUGCACUUGUGUCUGGCAUGCAUGAGUCAGUGAAGUGUUUUUUUUUGUUUUGUUUUUUUUUUAAGACUGAGGGUGUUGAUGCACUAGUGGAUUACAUCAUAAGGGUGACAAAUGUCUCUGACUAUUAUUGACCUUUGACACUGAAGGGACUUCACUGAUUGUCCAACCUCUCAGGCUCGCCAUUUCACACUUUUGCUAAAGACAUUUUUAACAGAGCCCAAAGAGAUUUUUAUUUGGAGUUUUCUUUGUGCGUGCAACAAAGAAAAUACAUUAAUUUCCCCUUGUGCGUGUGUACACAUAUAAGCAUAUGAGGGUAGACUUUAAAGCCCUGAUUUGUAAAUGAUUUUGCUCCCCAAUUGCAGGGCAACACAUUGCACCAUAUGGUGGUUUUAUGCAGACAUGAGACCGCUACUUGACUGCAUGGACCACCAAGAGUUGACUGAAGCAGUUUUAAAAUAUGAUGAGAGAAUACCCAGUGCUUAGCCAAUGAGUGUUGGAAUAAUCUUAUGACAAAGAUGUAUUUUUCUAGCUUUGGAAACUAUUGAGGUGCCAUUUAAAAUAACCAUGAAAACACACCAUAUGUACACACACACAGAACUCCUCCUUUGUCUUCACUUCUUUAAAAUACCAGUUCUAACUUUUUGCACACUCUCUCGAUGAGACCGUCUUAAGGUGCAUUUUACAGGUGUCUGCGAGAUAUUAGCUAGUCCUUAUUUUUCUACUGUUUUACUAUGAAAAUGAACCCAGAUGUUUUCUCAGUUUCAGUAUACAUUACAUUCACAUUUGUGCUCUUGUAACUUCAGUCAAAUAUGAGUAACCAAUCAAGUAAUCAUGUUGGAUUUUUCUCCCUGUAGCAACUUUGAAUUUGUGUGUUGUGUCAUUUACAUUAAUAAUCCAAAAAGAAAAAAUAAACGGUUGCGACUCAUGGAAAAAAGUAGGUCAAUAAGAGUAUUAUAUGUACUAUGGUUAUUGUUGAACUUGCGAUGCAAUUUAAAAGCCAAAACAAAGUUAACUGUCUUUCCUCCAGUCUAAAAGUGGAGAUAUUACUGCUGUAUGUACCCAAACAGAAUAAAUCAGAAUUAAUUUCAGAAUAAAUAAUGCUUCAGUUCAGCAUUCUUCACCCAUAUUUUACUAUUUCUUUUGUUGUGACUUAAUAAAAUCUAUUAAUGUGGCCGUUUCAA